UAGCAGUUUAAGAAAAGUACGUGACGGCUAACGGUUUUAUGUGUUGCAAUUCGGAGUCCAAAGGGAUCAAUAUUCAAGCCGCGCGCUCUGGAUGAAGGCGGUGCAGCGAGUCACCGCCGAGAGGGCGCUCUCAGUGCCGGAAGCGACUCCGGAACUGGACGAUAGGAUAUCCGGGGAGGACGGAAACGAGGACUGCAACAACACUCACACACCUCGUUGUCCAGGCGAUGGUGCUCUUUCAUCAGAGGAUGGGAGUAAAUUUAAUGAAGUCACAAAACCAUUUGCAGCGAAUGGCAAUGGUUUUGUUGGUGGCGAUGAGAAAAAAGAAUUAGAUUCUGAAUCGAUAGGCUUAAAACCUCUUGGAAAUGGAAGGCCUCCUGAUACGAUACCUGACGGGGACUCGAAUCCUGCACCUGCCACUACUGCUACUGUACUACCCCACAGGACUGAUAGGAAGCAUGAUGACGAUCAAGCGUCGCAGGCAGAAGAGCACGUCUUCAAACGAGGAGCUGUAUAUAAGGGCAUUCAUUGGCCAUCCCUCACAAAUAGUUUUAAUGACUCUCACUUAGAAUUAUCAUAUUUGCGAUAUUCGCAUAGGCAAAGACAAAAAUCAUUAAUUAUAGUUAAUGUAGUCGAUUUAUUAUUAAAGGCAGCCAUGGCUUCCGUCUGGGCAUUCCGCAGGCCGGAAUCCGAACCGAUAACGGCGGAAGGUGUUUCAUGGACAGUUUGCUGCAUGGCUGCCAACAUAUCAGUUUGUGUAUUAGGUUGGUGGAGAUGCUUCGCUAAUAAUUAUCUUCAUUGGGCAGCCAUGUGCACGUGGCUGCUCCUUAAUGCGCAAGGUUUUGUUGGUGAAGGAUUGGGAUUUACAUCUCGAGAGUACCUGGUGUGGUACGUUUUAUUCAUUGUCUUCGUACCUUACGCGAUGCUGCCGCUGCCCUUGCGAUGGUGCAUGGCAGCUGGGUGCGUUUCCGCGUUGUCGCAUAUAGCUGUGACGAGUUUUGACUUUUUGUUCUAUUUACAGGAAGUGAGUUGCAUUCUUCGUCAGCUGCUGGCCAAUUUUCUUUUAUAUUUUGCUGUUAAUUUUGCUGGAAUGUAUACUAAAUACUUGACUGAUAGAGGACAGCGUAAGGCAUUUCUUGAAACGCACAGGUCGAUGGAAACACGAUAUAGAACACAAAAAGAAAAUGAUAGACAGGAAAAACUUCUAUUAUCAGUUUUGCCAGAUUUUGUUGCAAAAGAAAUGAUACGAGACAUAGCCAGAGAAGAAGAAAGAGGCGGCGCAUUUGAACCAUUACAAUUCCACAAGAUUUAUAUUCAUCGAUAUGAAAAUGUAUCAAUAUUAUUUGCCGAUAUCAAAGGAUUUACUGAAUUAGCAAGUAGAUGCAGUCCGCAAGAGCUUGUAAGAAUUCUAAAUGAUUUAUUUGCAAGAUUUGAUAAAUUGGCUACAGAAAAUCAUUGUCUUCGUAUAAAACUACUAGGAGAUUGUUAUUAUUGUGUUUCUGGUCUUCCGACGGCCCGAGGCGAUCACGCUGUAUGCUGCGUCGAAAUGGGUCUUCAUAUGAUUAAAGCCAUCAGGGAUGUCAGGCAUCGAACCCAGGUAGAUCUCAACAUGCGGAUAGGAAUACACAGCGGGUCUGUGUUAUGUGGGGUCCUUGGAUUGCGAAAAUGGCAGUUCGAUGUUUGGUCUUACGACGUAACUCUAGCCAAUCAUAUGGAAAGCGGCGGUGUACCUGGUCGCGUUCACAUAUCAGCAGCUACAUUAGCCUGUCUGAAUGGGGUAUAUGAAGUUGAACCAGGUGAAGGCGAGUCUAGAGAUCCUUAUUUAAGAGAACAUGGUGUUCAAACAUAUCUAAUUAAGCAAGCUGAACCAUUAAGGCCGCGCAGAAGACUUGUGUCAAGACCUAGUAUAUUUAAUCAAAGGCUAUGGUCAGAAGACGAAAGGCCAUCCGUGUGUGCCAGCAAUUCUGAAAUGAUGGAUAAGGUUCCGGAACGCACAAUGCCUAGGAAGACGAGGGCGGCAUCUGCUUCGGUUGAUGAAGAAAUUACCACUGACUGGAUUCCUGAAAUUCCAUUUGAAAACCUAAAUACUUCAGCUACUGGUGAAUUAGAUGAUGACUUUUUAGAUCACAAUGCUUCCUAUAGAGGUAAACCACCACCUUCCACUGAUUCUAGAAAUGUAUCACUCAGCAUGACCGAGCAGGUCGAUGACAUCAUAGAUCAUAGUAUUGAAAUAGAAAGCAAUAAAAGAAUGAGAAAUGAUAAUGUAAAUCCAUGGACAUUGAAUUUCAAAGAUGGAUCUCUGGAAGGAAAAUUUUGUCAAGUACGCGAAGACAUGUUCAAAUCAAACAUGUUAUGUUGUUUCAUAGUUUGGGUCUUCGUCGUGAUGUGCCAAGCGAUAAUUCUUCCAAGCUGUACUGCUUUAGUGAUAAGUCUGACAGCCACUACGUUUUUGUUGACAUGUGCAUCUGUUCUGGUAAUGGCCGAAGAGUUUCACCAACUUCCAAAAAAUUUGCAAAAAACUUCUUCUAUGUUAGUUCAUAACAGAAUGUCUCGAACAACUUUUAUUUGCGUCAUCGUGAUCCUAAUGUCUGCUGCAAGCUCUAUAAGCUUGUUAUUAUGCCAAAUGCCAGUUGUAGAUGAAUAUGAUGACGAAUUACAAACUGCUAUUACUGCUACAACCAAAAGCCAUCACGAUUCUUCGGAAAAUACACAAUUAGUUGUAGGUUUGAAUGAGGUUUCAUUAGUACAGCCUCUAUACUUAAUCGCAGUUGGUCCAUUGACACAGAACAAAAACAUCACUAAACCUCUAAUAAACGAAAUUCAAAAUGAGCUUCCUAUUAUACAAACAGAUACCGUCGUAAAAAAUAAUUCCAAUGUUGUGAAUAUUUUUGUUACUGCAACAAUACAUCAUAAUAUCACUAUAAAUAGUGAUGAUCCCAAAACGGCUAAUUGCACUGAUGAUUGUAUCAAACAAUUGGUAUUAGAUCAAACAUUGAAUUUUACCAAUUCAAAUCUAUUAGAACAAUCUCUAAAUUUAACUAACCCUCCUCAAAUUGAAAACAAGAGGCGAAAAAGAUUUGAUAUUGAAUUUACUGAUGUUGAAGCUAUUAAGGAGAGUAACAGAAAAUUAGCAAUGCGUCAAGAAGCAGAAAUGGUGCAGCAAAAGCAACAAGAGGCACCGACUUUCGAUGAUGAGGAUGAUGAAGAACCAGAAAUUUUGCCAAGAGAAUGCAUUCAUCCGGAAUAUGUAGUAUUUACUUGGGUCUUAUGCUUGGUAGCUUUGGCAACCGCCUUGAAAUUGUAUUAUUUAGUGAAAACUUGUUUGGCAAUUAUAAUGGUAACCGUGUAUACCCUCCUGAUCAUGUUGGCGUACCCAGAUGCAUUUCAUGACCCAGUACUGGAAAGAAAAAUGGGAAUGUCGCUCUCUGCUCAGAUGUUGAUUCUGUUGGCUGUCUUCUUGGUGAUGGUUACUUACCAUGCCCGCCUAGUUGAAGUGACCUCAAGAUUAGACUUCUUGUGGAAGCAGCAAGCAGAACGAGAACUUGCAGAUAUGGUUGACACAAGACAUAAUAAUACACAACUGCUUAAGAAUAUUCUACCGGAUCAUGUGGCUCAUCAUUUUCUUUCGGAAGAUAGGCAACCUGAUGAACUGUAUUCUCAAUGGCGAGCGGACGUCGGAGUCAUGUUUGCGAGUAUUCCAAAUUUCACUGAGUUUUAUUCUGAGGACAUCAAUAAAGGAAUGGAAUGUAUACGAUUGCUCAAUGAAAUUAUUGCGGACUUUGAUGAAUUGUUGGAUGAAGCACGAUUCAAACCCAUCGAGAAAAUAAAGACUGUAGGCGCAACUUACAUGGCUGCUUCGGGGUUAAAUCCAACACAGGGUUGUGUCGAUGAACUGGAGCACGUAUGCGCCCUUGUUGACUUUGCGAUCGCCAUGCGCCAUCGUCUGGAUGACGUUAACACCCAUUCAUUCAACCACUUCCGACUCCGGGUUGGUUUGAGUUGUGGCUCUCUGGUCGGUGGUGUCAUUGGUGCCCGCAAACCAGUCUACGACAUUUGGGGAAAUACUGUGAACGAGGCAUCGAGAAUGGAUUCAACGGGAGCAAUGGGUUGCAUCCAAGUACCUCGUUAUACGGCUGAUGUUCUGUCAGCCCGGGGGUACCAAGUUCAAUCUAGAGGUCUCAUCGAAGUAAAAGGUAAAGGAAAAAUGGAAACUUUCUGGGUCCUCGGUCGUAAGAGUACAAGACCGCCGCCAUUCCAAAGACAACCAAGCCAAGUCCAUUCUUUGGCAGCUGUGGUUUAUGGUAUGGUGCAGGCCAGAAGAAAGCAGACCAGCGCUGCAAAUUUGGCAGCAUCUGCUCGGGCUAAGAUUAACAGUGCAAAUGAACAAAAACGAAAAGAUGAAGAAGCAAACAAGCAAGACAAAAAAGGCAACAAAGGCGGUUUCGGAGGCAGAAGGGUCGCCAAUUUUAGUUCAAUGCGAAUUUCACAGCAUACACCUUCGAAUCCUGUACGAAGAAAUACAACUAGAGCACACCAAAGAAAUAAUUAUGCUAGGUAA